CUGAAAUCCUGGCCAGGCUCCCCAAAACAUAGGACAGGUUCCCCAAUACCAGCACCUUCCGAAUUCUGUUAAAAGACCUCUUGAAAGCCUGUCCAAACCUCCUCAAGUGCUAAAAGGAACCCCCUAGGAAAUAUUGCUGGUGACCCCUGAAAUCCUGUCAGAAUCUUCUAGAAAUUCUAGCAGACUUGUGAAAUCCUGCAAAUUCCCUCCCAAGACCCGGAAAUCCAGUCAGAAAUGCAGGGACUUCCCAGAAAUCCAGAGCCCCCCCCCAAAAAAAAGAAAAAAAAAACAUCCAAUCAGAGACCCCAUGAAUUCCAGCCCAGACUUUCCUCUCCAGAAUGCCUCCCCGGACCUCCUGCUGCCCUCCACCCAGGUCCCAGGCUUCCAGUGUAUCGAGGACAUGGCCUCCCUGCUCCCUCGGGAGCUUGUCCCCGGGCCCUGUGGAGCUCCAGGGCCUGUUGGUACACUUGCAGGGACAUGGCCCUGGCCCCUUCUGCCCCCUCCAGGAUUCCUGGAGAGGUCUCUCUGUAAAGACCCCUCAUUUUCUAGAACCUUCUAAAAGCUUCGGAGAAGUGUGCAGUGCCGGAUCGUGUCUGGAGCAGGGAGAGCAGGGUCUUGGGAGCACUUGUGUCCUGGAGUUCAGACUAAUGGGAGCUCUCUGGGCAGCUGGUCCCUUUCCCAUCCCUUACAGUGAUGGAGGGAGGCUGGUAGCUUCAAUAGCAGCUGUGGAGCAUCAGGAGUGGCCGAUGGACCUGCCAGAGGGCCGGGCUGGUGGCCCUGCUGCAGAAAUGUACCUCUGGGAGCAGCCUGAGGAGGUGAGCCCAGGACCAUUGCUCAGCUUAGAGGAGCAGAUACUCAACUCCACAUUUGAAGCUUGUGACCCUCAGAGGACAGGCACCGUGGCUGUGACCCACGUGCUGGCGUACCUGGAGGCUGUGACAGGCCAGGGCCCCCAGGAUUCUCGCCUCCAAACAUUGGCCCGAAGCCUGGACCCCAAAGGGGAGGGCCCUGGGGCCACUGUGGACUUGGACACCUUCCUGGUUGUCAUGCGGAACUGGAUUGCUGCCUGUCAGCUUCGUGGGGGAUUAGAGCUUGGAGAGGAGACCGCCUUGGAGGGAGCCCUGACCUCCCAGCAACUGCCAUCUGGAUUCCCAGAAGCUGAGGAGCCAGCAAACCUGGAGAGCUUUGGAGGCGAAGACACCAGACCCGAGAUGCCUGCCACAGCUGACCUUCUGAGCAGCCUGGAGGACCUGGAACUCAGUAACCGGCGUCUGGCUGGGGAGAAUGCCAAACUACAGCGCAGCGUGGAGACAGCCGAGGAGGGGUCGGCGCGCCUCACGGAGGAGAUCUUGGCUCUGCGCAGGCAGCUUCGCAGUACCCAGCAGGCUCUGCAGUUUGCCAAGGCAGUGGAUGAGGAGCUGGAAGACCUGAAGUCUCUGGCCAAAAGCCUGGAAGAGAAGAAUCGCGGCCUUCUGGCCCAGGCCCGGCAGACGGAAAAAGAGCAGCAGUACCUGGUGGCAGAGGUGGAGACUCUGCAGGAGGAGAAUGGGAAGCUACUGGCUGAGCGGGAUGGAGUGAGGAGGAGGAGUGAGGAGCUGGCCACAGAGAAGGAUGCUUUGAAGCGGCAGCUCUAUGAGUAUGAACGCCUCAUUUGCCAACGAGACGCCAUCCUGUCUGAGCGUACUCGCCACACGGAGAGCUUGGCCAAGACUUUGGAGGAGUACAGAAUGACCACGCAGGAACUGAGACUGGAAAUCUCACACCUGGAGGAACAGCUGAAUCAGACCAGUGAGGAACCAGAAGAGUUACUGGAAGAGGCCCAGGCAAGAAGAGCAGGCUGGACGACGCUGGUGCCCACAUCACUGGGCUUGGAGAUUGAGGCCAUUUGUCAGGGAAUGGCAGGUUCUGAUCUCUCCAGUCCUCUGUGUGGAGUAUGGCAGUGGGAGGAGGUCAUCAAUGAGCCCCAGGAGGAAACUGAAUUUUCAUCUGAAAUCCUAGCUGGGGCACAGAGCAACCCCGAGGGAGAGACAGCACAUCUUAAAGAAGGAACAAAGGCGCCAUUGCAGCGGUUGUCCAGAAGAGAGGAAGAGGAAGAAGCAGAGAGCUUGGUCACGACUGAUACCCCGAUCCUUCUGGGAGACCCUCACUCUGAAAACAUCCCAGGAAGCCCUCCUGAAAGCAGCUCUGUUGAGUCAGAGUUCCAGCAAGCCCUGGUGCCUGUGGUGAAAGAGCUGGUCCCAGUCAGGAGGCCCUGGGGCCAAUGCUGCCUGCACCCCCAGCGACUCAGGGUCACUCAGCACCUGCUGGUCCCAGCCCCGAUCCUGGGCCUGCUGCUACUGCUGCUGCUGCUCUCAGUCCUAUUGCUGGGCCAGUCCCAGCCCCCCACCUGGCCCCACCUGCAGCUCUGCUACCUCCAGCCCCCACCAGUGUGAGGCAGGGCUGAUCCUGCUUUCCUUCCCCAGGGAGCAAUGUCUAGUUCCACUGCUCCCUCAGGGAAUUUCUCCUGUUACCUUCAUUGUUAUGCCACUGUUAUUUGGGAUCACCCAGAGCUAGUACAUAGGGAUCCACAUCCCAUCUUGAGUUUUUAUGUGAAGUCUCCUGGUUUUCUACUGUUGGUGACUCUGUUUCUUAAUAUAGCAAAACACACCCAGCAAUGGCUUCAGUACUAAAAAUUAUUUCCUCACCAAACAAGUCUGGAGGAAGGCAAGCAGCCACGGGCUCACAGCUGAGUCACAGCAGCCCCAGACCAGGGUCUCUGGGAUUCUCUUGGCCCUUCCCUCAUGCUCAGAAGAUGGAAGUUGUUGUAGCUUCCUACAUCACAUCUGCAGAGCGAAGGAGAAGUGUCCUUGCUUUUCAUAACAGAGAGCUGCCGCCUCUCUAGAGUCACCCACAGUCUUGUGUUGAAGUCUCAUUAGCCAGCCGUUUGUCAGGACCAUCCCUCUCUGCAAGGCAGGCUGGGAGACCUGGGGCUCUGAGCACCUUUCCUGGGACUGGACAUGUUGCUGCCCAAACUCAAUCUUUUAGCAAGGGUACAUAUGGGGAAAGCAGUUAAAUACCUGCCACAGCAACUCAUUCAAGUUAUUGAAAAACACUGCAUGGCAUGGACCAUAAAACAGGAUUAGUGGUCACCUAUAGACCUCUAGUUUGUAACCUCUGAGGUUACAGCCCCAAGCAUUGCCAGGCAGCCUUGAAGGGGCUCCUGGACACUUCCCUAAUCCCUCUUUCCUUCUUGCAUUGUCCUAACAUCAGAGUCUUAACUCUGUCCUGUCACCACCCCAUGGGUAGGAGCCUGGGCUGGCCAAGUCCUAAUUGCAUCCUAGGUCAGUAAUGGGCAAUCUUCUGUCUCCUAUAAAACCUCUCACCUUGUUGAUAUUUACCAUCUUCAUUGCUUUGAUACAUUAUAAUGCUACAAGCCCCUUCCCACCCUAACAACUUUAGUACACGGACUGAGUACUAGACACACAGUAGGUGCCAGUAACAUAUUUUGGGAGGAACAGGGGAAUAACCUCCUCCCCCCAAAAUAUAUCACAGGACAUCUACUCUGUGUCGGGCACACAGUCUUGGUACUGAAGUUAUGCAGGGAAUCUUCCCAGAUAAUGACCUUCUUUAGUCUUGAAAGAUAGGUUCUGACUGGUUACAGUGAUCAGGGGAGGGUGUCACUGGUAGAGGAAACGGUCUGUGUAAAGAAUAGGUGGUAGAAGAGAGACCAGUGUGUGUGAAAGAGGCAGGCAGCAUCCGUUUGCUGGGAUUUAUUUAUUUAUUAUUUUUGGUACUGGGGAUUAAAAAAAAAAAAAGAAUUACAGCAAGGGAAGGAUUUGAAGCUGCUG